CCCAGGCCUUCAGCGAGCAGAGAGGGGCACCACCAUUUCUGGUGCUAAGGAUACAGACUGAAGCAGGUGACGCUUAGGAUCCUCUCCCCUCCCCGGCAUAGCUCGGGGGCAAAGACUGGUCGGGGAGAACUGCCGGCCCUUUUCCUAGCAGCAGCCGGCCACCCCGCGCGCACGGCUGGGAUCCAGAAUGGAGAGGCUGGUAUUCAGGAAGCCCUUCUGUCAUCUGUCCACCUACAGCCUGAUUUGGGGCAUGGCAGCAGUGGUGCUGUGUACAGCACAAGAGGAAGUGGUGACCCAGGAUGAAAAGUUGCUGCUGAACACACCUGCAUCCUUAAGAUGUUCUCUGCAAUCUGCCCACGAAGCCUUGAUUGUGACAUGGCAGAAAAAAAAGGCUGUAAGCCCAGAAAACAUGGUUACCUACAGCAGGAACCAUGGGGUUGUGGUCCAGCCUGCCUACCAGGGCAGAGUGAACAUCACCGAGCUGGGACUCCAGAACUCAACCAUCACCUUCUGGAACACAACGCUGGAGGACGAGGGGUGCUACAUGUGUCUCUUCAACACCUUUAGUUCUGGGAAGAUCUCGGGAACAGCCUGCCUCACCCUCUAUGUACAGCCCACAGUAUUCCUUCACUACAAUUUCUUUGAAGACCACCUAAAUAUCACUUGCUCUGCCACUGCCCGCCCAGCACCCAUGAUCUCCUGGAAGGUUGCUGGGUCAGGGAUUGAGAACAGUACCGAGAGUCUGUUACACCCUAACGGGACCACAUCUGUCACCAGCAUACUCCGUGUCAAAGACCCCAAAAGUCAAGUGGGGAAGGAGGUAAUCUGCCAAGUGCUGUACCAGGGGACUGUGACUGAGUACAAGCAAACUGUGAACAAAGGCUUUUGGUUUUCAAUUCCACUCUUGUUAAGCAUUGUUUCCCUGGUAAUUCUUCUGGUCUUAAUCUCAAUCUUAUUAUACUGGAAACGUCACCGGAAUCAGGACCGAGCAUUCCACAAGCCAGCUGCCCAUUUAAGAGACUGUGAAAUUGUCCAAUAUGAUCACUCAUUAAAUAGCACUUCCUAUGUUAUACUCCCAUGAUGUCUCAAACACUAUCGGCAACAUACAGAGCCCUAGAGGAGCCACACGGAACUCCUGAAAGAUUUUCCCUGAUCUACUUGAAUCUGAUGUAAGAGGAAAGAAGGAGGAAAAUAGGUCAUUCUCCAAGGCACUUAUAUGAACAAAAGAGGCGGGAACGAAUGUUUUAAGAAUUCCAUGACUUUUCACUGCCAUCUAAGCUACUCAGUGUUUGAAGUCCAAGAGAAAGUCAUUUUACCUCUCAGGUCUGUUGUAGGACUUGAUUUUGUAAAGCAAUGCAGUGUUGUGCUGUUGGAAGGCACUGGACUUAGAAUCAGGACGUUGAGCUCACAGGCUGACGUGGGCUCCCACCGGUGGGAACCCUGUGUUAAUCACUUUACCUCAAUGAGCGUCUGUGUCCUCAUCCAAAAUGGUAACAGUGUUGGACCUGAUAAUUUACCAUGCAGUUGUAAAAAUUGAUGAAAUUCCAGGAAGAAAAAAAAAAAAGGAAUAGGAAAAGGAGGAAUAAAUGAGAGAGAGAAGAAAAAAUAUGAAGGGUCCAAAGAACUUUUCUGAGACUACCUUUGCCUUUCUGUUGUUCUGUCUCUUCUGUUGUUCUUAGGCCCAGGAGCCUGUUUUCCCGCUGUUUGGGAUCUAGUCUAUUAGCUGCUCACUGUUUUGCUAAUUGUUGACCUUGCUAGAACCUUUGGUUUCCCUGCCAUUUUUUUUGUGUGCUUCUCUGAGGUUUACUAUGAUGAAAAUAGGACAGAAUUUAUUGUGAAAUAACAUUGGCAACCUUAACUUAUCUACUUAACUUAUUUUUGUAGCAGUAUAAAUAGUGUUAGUCUUAGACAAUAGCUCACAUUUUAAAGACAGCAUGCUUCCCCUGACCAUUUGUCCCAUCCUAUGACCCCAGCCCUCGUUCUGAACUCAGUCUAGUGUAAAGAAAAUAUAUUAUGAAAACAGAUAUUUAGACAUCCUGUAGAUCAGUCAGCCUGUUCAUACACUUGGCCUCUCCUGGAUCCUUUUCCCAUGAAUUAACAACUUCUCACCACAGGAGAGGAGACAAGUAUGAACUUACAAUGACUUUAUCUUAAAGAUAUUGUUCUAACUAGUAGAACAAUAUGGAUUCUUAACCAUAAGACCGAAUUAGUGUGUUUCUUUUCAGUAUUUUUUCCCUUGUCUUUCUCUAUCCAGUGACCUAGAAAUUAAAAUGUAAGUUGUUUUCAUUGUUGAAUUGAAUAUUUAUAUAUUUAGUAAGUUUUUCAUGUGUUAUUUAAUUCUGUAUUAUUUCUUAUAUUUGUAUUAAAGUACUGAACAAUUAAACGUGUCACCUAUAAAUAUUUGAUGUAUGCUA